AUGAGAGGUAUUAAAGGUGGAGUAUGGAAAAAUACAGAAGAUGAAAUUUUAAAGGUUGCUAUUAUGAAGUAUGGUUUAAAUCAAUGGGCAAGAAUUUCAUCAUUAUUAACACGUAAAUCACCAGCUCAAUGUAAAGCCAGAUGGUAUGAAUGGUUAGACCCAAAUAUCAAAAAGACCGAAUGGAGCAAAGAGGAAGAAGAAAAGUUAUUACAUCUCGCUAAAAUUUUCCCAAGCCAAUGGAAAACUAUUGCACCUUUAGUUGGUAGAACAUCAGCACAAUGUUUAGAGCGUUAUAAUAAAUUAUUGGAUGAGGUUCAAAGACAACAAGAUGGUGAAUCUGGUACCGGUGAAGAAAAUGAUCCACGUCGUCUUAGAAUGGGUGAUAUAGACCCAACACCCGAAACCAAACCCGCUAAACCUGAUCCAAUUGAUAUGGAUGAGGACGAAAAAGAAACUUUAUCAGAAGCCAAAGCUCGUCUUUCAAAUACCCAAGGUAAAAAAGAAAAAAGAAAAUUUAGAGAAAAACAAUUAGAGGAGGCAAGAAGAUUGGCAUUUUUACAAAAAAAAAGAGAAUUAAAAGCAGCUGGUAUAAACUAUAACCCAAAAAAGAAAGGCAAGGAAACAAGUUGGGACUUAAAUAAAGAAAUUCCUUUUUAUCUUAAACCAAAAGCAGGGUUUUAUGAUGUUCCAGAUGAAGAGUUAAGGGAUGAUCCAAAUAAAGACCAAGAAUUUAUUGGAAAAAGAAUUGAUCAAAUUGAAAAUCCAAAAUAUUUAGAAAGACAAGAAAAAGCCAAUAAAUUAGAUGAUAUUAAAAAGAAAAAGAAGGAGUUGUUCGAUUUACCAAAAGCCAUAGCGGAUGUUUCAAAACUAAAUGAUGUCGAGCAUACUGUUAAAAGAUCAAAAAUGGUAUUACCAGAACCUCAACUCACUGAUGAUGAUAUUCAAGAAAUUGCAGAUUAUGAAAAGAUAAAUGGAGGUGAAGGUUUAAGUAGUGAUGGCUUCCCAGUUCCAGCCCCAAGAACACCAGCCAACACAAUUGCAAGAACUCCAGUACGUGAGGAUACAAUUAUGAUGGAAGCUAAAAAUCUUUUAGAUCUUUCAAAUGCUCAAACCCCAUUAAAAGUUGAUGUAAGUGCAACACCAAAACCAAAGCAAACAACCACCACCACUACCACAUCAUCAACACCAUUAAGAACACCAAAUCCAUUAUUAGCACAAACCCCAAAUAGAAAAAAUGUGGAUUCAGAAACAUCAUUUAGUAAUGAAGAUAAAUUUAAAAAACAGCAAAACAAAAACCAACUAUUAUCAAGUUUAAAGAGCCUACCAUCACCAUCAAUUGAAUAUAAAUUAGAAUUACCAUCAGAGGCCCCAACCAUUGAAGAGGACCAAGAGAUUGAGUUGGAUAGCUCUGAAACCCAUAUAAGAGAAGAGCAACAACUUAAACAUAAAGAGCAAUUUAAACUUAGAAAUAGAUCAACCGUAUUAAAAAGAAAUUUACCAAGAUCAAGAAAUCUAUUUAAAAUUAUUGAUGAAAAGCAUUCAUCAAAAUCAACAGAUCAAAAUAUUGUUCAAAUCGAUUCAACCAAACCUUUAGAUAGUCAAAUUGUAAAGAUCAUUCAAAAAGAAAUCAAUAAAAUCAUCUCACACGAUAAUAUUAUUUUUCCAAAUGACUCCCAAACUCCAUCACUUGAUAAUGAAGAUAAGGAUUAUGAAUAUUUCUCUCAAAACGAAUUAAUCAAUGCUGACAAACUUAUCAAAGAUGAAGUUGAACAAAUUAAAUUAGAACAAAACGAUCAAUUAUCUGUUGAACAAAUUUUAGAAAGAAUUGAUGAAUUUAAAUCAAACUAUACAUUUGUUAUAAAAGAAAAUCAAUUUGUUGAAAAAUCAUUAAUAACAAAUGAUCAAAAUAUUCAAAAUCUCAAAUUUGAUUUUGAUAAAACAUAUAAUAAAAUCAAAAUUUUAUCUUCAAAAUCUGUAAAUCUAGAAAAGAAACUAAAUAUUUAUAAUGGUGGUUAUCAAAAGAGAUCAAACGAUAUUAUUAAGGAUAUUGGUCAACUUUAUGAUCAAUUGGAACAUUCAGAAAUCGAACUACAAUGCUACACCGCCCUCAAAAACAAUGAAACUGUUCAAAUGGAAAAACGUUUAAAAACUAUCGAAAAUGAUGUAUAUGAUCAAUGUGAAAUCGAAGCAAGACUUCAAAAUAAAUACUCAAACCUUUUAAACGAAAGAAACUCACUUAAAAGAUCAUUAAAAUAA